AUGGUUCUGCUAUAUUCUUUGGAUGAUCCUCAGCAUCCCAUCGGCACUCGUCAAAAUGGAAUUGGACUGAUGGGAUUUGGUAAAAGUGUGGCAUGGUUAGAUGAUCAAGGUGAAAAGGCAGUGAUUCUAGCCAAUAGUUAUACAUAUUCAAAUUAUCAAUGGAUCUCGUCAUUCGUGCAUAUAUAUGAUAUUCAAUUGGACGGAUUUUCAGACAGUACACAACCGAUUCUUAUCUAUCCCAAUAGUCAGCAAAUUACUUUUCCAUGGAUGCGGCCACCGUUCAUUCGUUUGGUUUGUUCACCAUUUGGUCAUUUAGCCAUUUUCGAUGAUUUGGGCAUUCCAGGUAUUAUUUACUCGGCACCGGCGGGUACCUAUCCGAAUACUAAUUCAAGAUAUUUUACAUCCAAUACUGUUUCUUGCAUUCGUGGUACCUAUCGAAACUAUACCGGAAUCGAACUCUGUAUGCCAUGUUCCAAUGGCACAUACACAUAUUCAAGCAACUGUUCACUGUGCACAUCACCAAAUUCAUUUUGUCCGUAUGGAGCAGUAGAAGAAAUCUCCUACUCGACAUUCGAAUCGAUCGAACAAGAUCAAGAUUAUCCUGAGUCACCUGAAAAUACCGUGUUUGAUGAUAUAUUAAUGCAAAAUAUGUUUAGUUUUAAUCUACGAUUUGCUCAUUGUGCGCUCGUCUCACCCAUAACCUGGGUACUUCUAGUUGUUGGUCUUGGAGUGAUUAUAGCUAUAAGUAUGGUUAUUCAUGAGCUAUGGAUUGGUGGCCUUGCGUCAGCAGCAGUCAUUGUUAUUACCAUUUCAGCCUACAGUUUUUCCAAUCAAUACUUCCAUCAAUAUCCAAUUGAGCAAGUUACUAGUGACAGUUCAUUUGCAUGUGAUGUCACAUUACGUAAUGCAAAAUUUAGCACAACAAUACAAAUGACAUCAAGUUCACGUAAUACUACUAAACAAAAUCAAGCCAUCUUCAAUAUGCUUCACUCACAAUCCUUUACGUUGAAUAUUGAUCUUAUCCAAACAGCAUUCACUUGUAAUGAUUCUCUUAUCGUUCAACGUCUCGUUGGCUCUAGACCGGCACAAUUGCCAAUUUCGGUGUGUCAAACAAGUUAUAAUGGUAGUAUACUCUCCUUGGCCAUUGUUCUUCCAACACAGGAAAUUGGUAUUCAAUUCACAUUGCCAGGAUCAAGAACCAUUGGUGCCAUUCGUUUGGGAUUAAGUGGACCUUCGGCGGUCAGUACUGAUAAAAAGUAA